AUGCAUUGAUUGGCAAUCUUCUGAGAUGUAUCAUUAUAAGUUAAGUCAUAUAUUGAUGGAAUUAGAUACAACAAAAACCAUAUAGCUUGGAUGUUUGUUGAGAAGUUUGACGUCGUUAACACUAAAUGCUAAAUUAAGCAAUCAGGAAGAUUUCACCACAUCACGUGAUAUUCCAGAAAAUAUUUAAGUCCAAAGAAGUGUGGAAAUUGAAAAGACAAAAGAGAUAAUAUUAACUACUAUGGAACGUCUAUCAAAAGAAAAAAUUGCAGAACUGAAAGAGGCCUUUGCACUAUUUGACAAGGACGGAGAUGGACGCAUUACAGCCAAUGAAUUAGAGAGUGUGAUGAAAUCCAUGGGAGAAAACCCUACUCCUAAAGAACUUAGGCAAAUUAUCCAUGACGUUGAUACUGAUGGAAGUGGAGCAAUCGAGUUUAACGAGUUCUUAAUUAUGAUGGCAAGAAAGUAUUCUGAAAUAAGAGAAAUGAAGGAAAUCACGGAUGCUUUCAAAAUGUUUGAUCGGAAUGGCGACGGCGUGAUAAGUGCUGCCGAGUUACGUCAAGUGAUGACAAACAUGGGACAGAAAUUAAGUGACAAAGAUGUUGAUAGUAUGAUUAAAGAAGCGGACAUGGACGGAGAUGGUCAAAUUAAUUAUGCUGAGUUUAUAAGAAUGAUGAAACCUGCUAGAUAAGACGGAUUACUAGGUUAAUCAACAAUUGUCAUGAAAUGUUGGAUGACUUUAUUCUGAUCCAUGCAACGAAUGACCAUAUGCGAAGGACUUAUCAUUUAUCUUGUAAAUAAUGUCAUAUUAAGUGUUGUCAUCUACGUAUUAGUAUCAACAUGUAAUGUGGGUUAAAUAAAAAGUAGGAAACAAAGAGAAACUUAUUUUAUUGACUUGUAUUAAAACAUUAAUUCCUUAUAUUCCAACUCGCCUGAGAUACAUUUUAUUGUCAUAACACAUGCGUAAGUACCAGAAACAUUGUUAUCGAAUAAAGAUUUCCUUAAUAAAUGUUUUAAAAAAAAAGCCAAUUUACAAACAUGCAAAAUCAAGCCAAGUCAUUAUUCAUCAGUAAAAACACGAAACCACCUACAAUGUAAGGGAGAUUCUUUGAAGAAUUCCUCUUCAAAACCAGCAACUAUAUGUAUAUAUAGUGAUUGAAACAUAAAAAAUUCUUUGAUGAUGUGUACCCGUGUUGUUUCAUAUUCCUAUAUAAUGACUGUCAUGUUCAAACGAUCUAGUACACUUAAGUGUCGUCGCCAUGAUUAUAUUUACACCACGCUAUAAUAAUGAAUAGUUUAUAUUUUCACUUUUGCUUUGCAAAUAUCAAACUUCUAAAAAAUAUCAUAAUAUUUAUCUUCAUUGGCCAAUUUUUAGGUAACCGACACUUGUUUGCCGUGAAGACUUUAUAGCAUACAAUUUUUUUCCAUCAGAUUCAGAUAUUGUUUUCUUAUUAGUUGCGGAUUUAGAGGUGCUCCCAUCGUUUAACGAGGAAGUAAAAUUUGGUUAAUGCAGUUUAAAAAAAAACCGAAUUCCACGGUAUAAAAAAGGUCCAUCUUCCUUGACUUCAAAUGAUGUAUCCUCUACUGGUUAGUCUUUCCAUAGAACAGACCAUAUUAGAUUGGCAAGAUCACAACCUGAACUAUGGAUUUGCAUUGUAUAUCGACAAAUUAACCUUGUACUUUAAGUAACGAUAACAAUGUUUACGGAAACGAAGACACGGAAAACUGUAAUUAGUGGUAAUAAAAUGGCCUGUCAUCAAUAUUUAAACAAUAGUUGCUAUGAGUAAUUCAUUAUUCAUCAAGCAAAGGGACUUUAUAGCAUCAGGUGUUCAUGUUGGUGAUAUUAUCAUUUACAAAUACAUAUUACGUCCCUUCAUUUUUAUUUAACUGUUAUCAACUAAAAGAUACCGUAACCCCUUACUUCAAUACGAAAGUAUUAUGUUAAUUAUUAUGUUAAUUAUUCUAUGUUUAUAUAGAACCACAAACCACAGACUCCCAACAGAAACAAGGAGUUGGAAUAACAUAAAUAGAAAUGAUAGAAAAUGUCAUUUUUGUAUAAUUUGGUAACAUUGGAGACGAAUUUCAUUAUUUGCUAGAAUGUCCAUUUUUAACGGCAGUAGGAAUUUAUACCUCGAAAAAUACUACUUGGCUCGUGUAAAUAUAUCAAAGUUUAAAAACCUCAUGAGCCAAUUAAAUAAAAACUCAGAGCUGAAAAGAUAAAGUGUGUAAACAAACAUGUGGGUCUUCAUGGCUAAAAUGUAUAUUAUUUUGAAACCACUGUAUUGUAUAUAAAUGUUUGUAAUUUAGAUGCAUAUUCCUGUACAUAUUUUGCACU